AUGGAGCCUGGGGCCCAUUCCGCUGGUGCUGAGCAGGAUGGGGAGGACGAGCCUGAGCCGCAGGCUCCGACCCAAGCCAUCGAGGGCCACGGCCAGGUGCUGCUGAUGGGCAAUUUCUGGCCGCAGGAAGAGCGCUUCCUGACCCUGCAGGACAUCCUGGAGCAGAGCCCGACCAACCGGCCCACCCAGGAGCCCUCGUCCACCAGAGCCACGUUCGGCCACAGCAGCUCCAGCGACUGCUCCUGGCGGCGGCGUCUCAAGCGCCCCAGCGACGGCUCCUCGGACGACACCGAAGGCCGGGCCGCCAAGUGCAAGCGCUCGGCCCAGAAGCAGCCCCAGGCUUCGGCCGGGACGCCCAGGAGCCGGGCGGCGGCGGAGGAUGCAGCGUCCGGGCGCCAGGACCCCCGGCUGCCGCUGCCGCUGCCGCCGCCGCCGCGGGAGCCGGGCGCGCGGCUGCUGCUGGUGUUCUGCCGCGCGUCCGCGCUGCGCUCGCAGCUGCCGCGGCUGCAGCUGCUCCUGCGGCGGGUGCACGCUCGGCACCGCAGCCCGCCCGCCGCGCUGGUGGGCAUCGUGAUGCUGCCGCGGCGCGAGGAGGAGGCCGAGGCCCGCCGCCGCAUGGAGAGCCUGCUUGGCAGCGCCUUCGGGCCGCACAGCCCGGCCGUGGAGGUGCACACCGCCGUGUUCAGCCCCAGCCGCCCCGAGGGCACCCUGGACAUCCAGCGCGCCGCCGCCGCCGCCGCCGGAGCACGCGGAGGAGCACACGAGGCCCCCGCGCGGGGCUGCGUCACCGUCGUGGAUCAAGAGACUCAGACAGAGGGGCCUCCGACUCAGGCGAGCCCCUUCUGUUCCUGUACCACUUGCCCCGGCAGCUCUGCUUGCUGGCGUCGUCUGGGCCUGUGCCACAGCCGCAUCUUCGAUGUCCUUCUGCCUCAGGCCUGGCUGACCGUGCCAGGCAGAGGAUUCCCAAGCCUCCUCACUUUCUACAGAGGACCGGCAAGGAAGCACACCAGUCAUCGUAAUUCCCGUGCUCCAGGUUCUCGGGACUGCAGCUGUGGCUCUGGGGGCUCUAGCAACUGCCUACUGCGUCAUUGA